AUGACCGCUGGCAUGAAGUCCGACCCUAUUGCCAUCAUUGGCAUGAGUUGUCGCUUUCCCGGCGAUGCCUCCCAGCCAUCUCGUUUGUGGGACGCCCUCGCGGCCGGGAGGUCGGCGUGGAGUGAGGUGCCCGAAGAUCGAUUCAACAUGAAGGCCUUCUACCAUGACGAAGACCCUCAUAACAGCACGACCAACACCCCGGGCGGCCAUUUCCUGAGCUCCGAUGUGGCCGCGUUCGACUGCAGCUUUUUCGAGAUCAAGCCGACGGAGGCUCGUGCCGUAGAUCCGCAACAGCGCAUCACAUUGGAACUAGCGUAUGAAGCGUUCGAGAACGCGGGGUUGACGCUGAAGGACCUCUGGGGAUCUUCGACUGGAGUUUACGUUGGCCAGUGGAGCUCUGACUACAGCGAGGUUCUGGCGCGGGACCCGGAAUCCCAGGAACGCUAUCACACACUCGGGAUUGGACCUGCCAUCACCUCCAACCGCGUCUCCUAUUUCUUCAACCUGCGCGGCCCGAGUUUCACGGUUGACACGGGUUGCUCGGCCAGUCUGGUCGCAUUGCACAAUGCGGUCCAGAGCCUGCGCAGUGGCGAAAGCACCAUGAGCCUUGUCGGCGGCGUCAAUAUCUUGCUGGACCCCCAGCGCUGGACGUACCAGAGCAAGCUGAAGAUGUUUUCGCCGGAUGGCCGCUGCUUCUCCUUCGACGAGCGCGCCAAUGGCUAUGGCCGAGGAGAGGGCUGUGGCUGUGUCGUAUUGAAGCCACUUUCCUUGGCCAUCAAAGAUGGGGACCGCAUUCGAGCUGUCAUCCGCAACUCGGCCCUGAACCAGGAUGGUCGCACCCCUCAGGGUAUCAGCGUGCCGAGUCGCGAGGCACAGCAAGAGCUGAUCAUCAAUGCAUAUGCCGAGGUCGGUCUGAACCCAACGGAAACAGACUACGUUGAAGCCCACGGGACCGGCACAGCGGUUGGCGAUCCUCUUGAAGCCGAGGCUAUCGCCAACGCAUUGGCUCGCCCAGAGAUCCGAGCCAAGGGCCAUUGA